AUGGAUUUAUCUAAAUUAACAGAUAUAUCAAUGAGUAUAGUAUUUUUAGAGUUUGAUGAAUACGAAAUAUUUCUAAGGAAAUUACCUUGUACUCUUAAAAGUUUCAAUUUAUAUGUUUGUGGAGGAGACUUACAAUUACAAUACCUUGAUUUUGAUAUGUGGGAAGAAUUAAUUCUACAAAAUUUUCCUCAAUUAGAAAAGUUUUAUUUCCAUUAUAAUGUAGUUCCACAGGAAGAAGAUGACUUUAUCUUUCUUGGUUGUGUAUGUGAUCAAUUUAUUUCUUCAUUUUGGAUAAAACGACAAUGGUUUAUCGAAGUUGCUAUUAAACAUGACACUAUUUCUAUUAUUAUUAAACCAUAUAGAAAAAAAUGGUAUGAAUUUAUUAAUAUUGACAACGAUAAUUUUAAUGUUUAUCAUUCAACUUUACUUACUGUUCGAUAUAAUCCUAUAGAUAAAUAUCGACAGGUAUUAUUGGAUGAAAUCGAAUGGAUUCUAGAUGUAGCAACAAUUUAUCAUUUAGAAAUUUGUGAAGAAGAUUUUUUUAUUGGUGCUAUAAUCGAAAUUAUAAAUCUCUUACCUGAUCUUGAUUCAUUAAAACUAUCGUCAAUAACAUUACCAACUACAACAUUAUUAUCGAUUGAGGAACGCGAAGAGAUUAAUUUUAUAGUAGAUAAUAAUGAAAUUACAAAAGUUUAUCUUGAAAAAAUGAAUACAUUUGAUGAUGUUCUUUUUCUUAUUGAUCUAUUUCCUGAACUAAAAUAUCUUCAAAUUGGUUGUACAAGUGAUAUUGAUAUUAACUUAUUUUUACAAAUUAUUUUAAUGAAAAUUAAUAAUAAAACAGAUUCUAAUCUUCAUUUAUUAGCGAUUUCUAUUCCAACAGCAGAUGAUUAUAUGAUAGAAAGAAUACAAAAUAUAAUCGAUUCUAAAAGUCUUCUUUUUAAUUAUACAAUUAAACGUACAUAUGAUACUAUUUUCUUACGAAUGAAAUAA